UGGAGAGGAGAGAGGCGGUCUUCUGGAGCAUCGGGGCGGGGACGAGUUGGAAUAGCCAGCCCUCUAUCCCACUCAUAGACCCGCGCAGCCACACCAGUGUAUACAUACAGAGCAUAGGCAAUUUGAGGCGAUGGUGACCGGAUUGUCCGCAGAAACCUAAAAAGAAAUAGUUAGACUCAGACAAACGUCUCGCUUCUGCGUACGUGACAGGCAUACAGUUGCGAUUCUAGACAUGGAGACAAAUCGCCGCGGCUCACAGUGACAAUAACGUUACUUGCGGCCAAAACUUGCGAGAGAGACCAAUGGUCUAUCUAACCGGAGCGCAGUCGGAGACGCGCAGCAGCGUCAAGAAAACCAUCGGCUCCCCCGAUGUCAUGUUCGAUGCCAGCGCCUGGAGGAUCCGCAGCAUCUGGGACGGCGUGAAGUUGGAGGUGGCCGGGGACGCGAGUCCCGUUGUCCUUCACAGCUUCACUCAGCUGGACCCGGACCUUCCGCUGCUGGAGAAUGCGACCCAGGAGAUAGGCGAAGAGGUGGAGGAUGGGGUCUUCACCAUCACCCUGCGCAAGGUGCAGAUGCACCACGCGGCCAGCAAGGGCCAGCGUUGGCUGGGCGUGGAGUCCGAGUCGGCGCUCAGCCUGUACGAGACGUGCAAGGUGCGCACCAUCAAGGCCGGCACGCUGGAGAAGCUGGUGGAGUACAUGGUGACCGCGUUCCGUGGCAACGACUCCACCUACGUCACCAUCUUCCUGUGCACGUACCGCUCCUUCGCCACCACGCGACAGGUGCUGGACCUGCUGCUCAACAGGUAUGCCAAGCUGCAGCAUCUACCAGGCUCUGAGGGGCACAGAUUCACCCACGAUGAGCGCACAGAGCUGAGAAACACCAUCUCCUCCAUCCUGGGGGCGUGGCUGGACCAGUACUCAGAGGACUUCUGGAAGCCUCCAGACUACAGUUGCCUGAGGCAGCUGCUCUCCUACCUGCACCUGAACUUCCCUGGCUCCGACCUGGAGCGCCGGGCCUGCAACCUGCUGGCCCAGUUCCACCGCCGGCACCACCAGGAGCCUGACCAUGAGGUGCUUGAUCACGCCCCGUGCACUUUCACCCUCCUGGAGGAGAACGGCUACGACUACGACCGGCCCGACUUCCUCAGCUUCGACCCCGUGGUGGUGGCGGAGCAGUUCACACUCAUGGACGCGGAGCUCUUUAAGCGGGUGGUGCCGUACCACUGCCUGGGCAGCAUCUGGUCCCAGCGAGACAAGAAGGGCAAAGAACCUGGCGUGGCGUCAGCGCCACCGUGGCCAGUUCAACUCGUCACCCUGGAAGUGGUGGAAGCUGGAUCCGAGGUGGCCAGGGAGUGCCGGAUCCUGAAGAACUUCUCGUCCCUGAGAGCCAUCCUGUCGGCCCUCCAGUGCAACCCGGUCCACCGGCUCAAGAGGACGUGGGACGAGGUGUCCAGGGAGAAUUUCCGCAUCUUCCAUGAACUCUCAGAAAUCUUCUCUGAUGAGAACAACCACUCGCUGAGCCGGGAGCUCCUCAUCAAGGAGGGCACGUCCAAGUUUGCCACCCUGGAGAUCAACCCAAAGCGGGCCCAGAAGAGACAGCAGCAGCAGCAGAGAGACCUGAGUGUGAUGCAGGGGACCAUUCCCUACCUGGGCACGUUCCUCACAGACCUGGUGAUGAUGGACACUGCCAUGAAGGACCACCUGGAUGGAAGUCUCAUCAACUUUGAGAAAAGAAGAAAGGAGUUUGAAGUGAUAGCUCAGAUUAAGCUGCUGCAGCUGGCCUGUAACAACUACAACUUCACCAGGAGCGGCGGUUCGCUGGGUGGUUCUCAGGGUCCUGUGAAACUGAGGGCCCUGUCGUUUCUAACACACCGGAAGGCCAAGAAGAACACAGGCAUCAUCAAGCGGCUGGGCAGUGCUGGUCAGCCUGUGGGAUGGGGCCGGGCUGCAGCAGUAGGGCAGCUCUCUCACUCCAAGUGGAUUUUGACCAGCUGCGUUCUGGCGAUCUCUCGGCUGCUCAUCGGACAGCGGCGGAGGGGCGAGGCGACUUUCAUCCAGCGUGACCUGACGGCUCAGCAGCCGGACGUGGAGGAGAUCAACAUCAGCUUCAUCUCCGACUCACCGGACUCUCAGGAGAAAAAGACCUCCACGCCCUCCGUAAAACAUUCCAAUUCUACCUUAGGGAAGUGCGGCCCCAUAGCUGACCUGGCACCCACGUUCUGGGAGUCCACCUCUCUGUCAUCUCUGGACGCCUCUGGAAUGGGCUCGGGCUCAGGCUCCAGCAGCGCCUCAUCCUCGUCGGUGUCCUCCACGCCGGUGACGGCGUCACGCUCGCACAAGCGCUCGGUCUCCGGUGUGUCCUGCUACUCCUCCCUCUCGCUGCCCCUCUACAAUCAGCAGGUGGACGACUGCUGCAUCAUCCGCGUCAGCCUGGACGUGGACAACGGCAACAUGUACAAGAGCAUCCUGGUAACAAGUCAGGAUAAGACCCCAGCAGUCAUCAGGAAGGCCAUGGUCAAACACAACCUGGAUCGUGAGCGACCAGAGGACUAUGAACUGCUUCAGAAGAUCUCAGAGGAGAAGGAGCUGAAGAUUCCAGACAAUGCCAAUGUCUUCUAUGCCAUGAACUCGUCCGCCAACUACGACUUUGUCCUGAAGAAGCGCGGAUUCCCCCGCGCAGGCCGGACCAAACACGUGGCCAGCUCCACGCUGCCGCGCAUGAAGCAGAAGGGCCUGAAGAUCGCCAAGGGCAUCUUCUGAAGCGCUCGGACUGAGCUGGGCACAGGCCAAUUCUGAGAGUUUGCUCUCUUCUCUCCUGUUUGGUGACACCUGCUAGCUCUCUGGCGGUUGCCUUUUGUCGAUGAAAGGGGGAAUGGGUUGUUGGUUCCCCAG